UGUCAAGAGGAGAAUUUUGUGUAGUGAUUGAGUAUUUACAAUUUUCCAGAUUGAAUUUCUCUUAAAUUAGUUCAAUUUUAACUCGCAGCUUUGAACGGUGAGUUUCCCGAUCUUUUGUACUACUAUGGCUGGAACUGAUGAUAACAAGCCAACAGAUAACGAAGGUGAAAAUAAUAGCUUGGAAACUGAUGAUGAACAAAAUGAAAAUGUACGAGAAGAAUAUGACAUGCUGGACUCUAAGCUGGACGAGUUAAAUCAGGCACUGGAUAUUUUGGAACAAAAAAAUGAUGAUAUUCAUUCAAGAUUGUUAGAACUCUUGCAAUCUAAUAAAGACAUUAGGGAGCAGUUAAAACAUCAGCAUACAGAAAAUAAUAAGUAAAUUAAUAAUAUUUUUCUUGUACAUAUAGUUAGCUGGUUGGAAUUUUAGAAAUACAAAAAAUGUAACAUACCUAUAAUAUUACAAAAAUGGCAGACAGUAGGCAAGCCUGGCUGUACACUUAUAUAUUUAAACCCCUUACAUUGAAGUUUUUUGGAUUUAGCAACACCUUUGACUUCUAUACCAGCUCUGCAUAUUAUUGCAUGUGUCCCUUCAUAACAAUAAGAAUCUUUUUCUCUUUGAUCUUUGGAAAUAUUGCAUUCCUAAACUGCUUCAUUAAAACUUCAACUGUCUAACAAUACAAAUAAUCUUUUCUAAAUUGAAACAUAGAUUAAGAAGUUUUAUGUAGGCUUUGCUACUUGUUCAGCAAAGAAUAAGUAGUUUUCAUGUGAUAUAAGUUUCAACUAUAUUUAAUUAUAUAAAUAAUGUUGUAUUAAUAAAAAUCGGUAAAUUAUUCA